GUCUCUAUUGUACGACCAGUGGACUUCCCUUGUCCGACACAUAUCCAUCUGACCUCGGCUCCCCAACUUCUCCCCCAACACCGCAACCAUUUCACCGUCACUCGUUCUGGUCCCCCCGCAUAUUGCGAGCAAACUACGAUCCUCCCCCAUGGCGAGCGACAAAGGUGUGCCCUCGGUGAUCGAGGCGCCUGCAAGUCGCAAGAUCCCGUUCUGGCGCCUUAUCACCGACCAGGGCGUCGUCACCCAGGAGAUCAUCGACCAUCACUACCCUGGCUCGGGCACGGAAGAGGAUCCCUAUGUGGUGACAUGGCUCCCCGAGGACCCCCGCAAUCCGAUGCAAUUUAGUGCAGCAAAGAAAUGGUCGUUUACCAUGGUCAUGGCCAUCGCCACCCUGGCCGUGGCCCUGGUCUCUUCCGGAUACACUGGUGGUGUCCUCGAGAUUGAAGAACAGUUCGGGAUCGGCACGGAAGUCGCCACGCUCGGUGUCUCUCUUUUCGUCCUCGGUUUCGCAGUUGGCCCCUUGCUCUGGGCUCCCUUCAGUGAAAUGUUUGGCCGACAGGUUAUCUUCUGCAUCACUUACGCGGCCCUCACGGCUUUCAGCGCAGCCAGUGCUGGCUCGCAAAACACCGCGACCCUCAUCAUCCUUCGCUUUUUCGCUGGCUCCUUUGGGUCCUCUCCCAUGACCAAUGCCGGUGGUGUCAUUGCCGAUAUGUUUGCUGCAAAGGAACGUGGUAUCGCCACGAGUCUGUUCGCUGCUGCCCCAUUCCUCGGUCCCGUUUUGGGUCCGAUCAUUGGCGGCUUCCUGGGCAUGAACGCUGGAUGGAGAUGGGUGAUGGGCUUCCUGGGCGCCUUUUCUGGCGUCGUCUGGAUCAUCGGCUCGCUUACUGUUCCCGAGACCUAUGCGCCGGUCCUUCUUCGUCGCCGUGCCGAGAGAUUGAGCAAGCUCUCUGGAAAGGUGUAUCAGAGCAAGCUUGACAUCGACCAAGGCAAGACGACCUUGAAGCAAGCCUUCAAAGUCGCCCUGUCCCGCCCGUGGCUGCUGCUCUUUAGAGAACCGAUCGUGUUCCUGUUGUCUCUGUACAUGGCCAUCGUUUACGGCACCCUGUACAUGUUGUUCGACGCCUACCCGAUUGUCUUUGAGGAGUACCGUGGCUGGAACCAGGGUGUUGGCAGUCUGCCGUUCUUGGGUAUCAUGGUUGGCAUGAUGGCCGCCGUCGCCUACAACAUCUUCGACAAUAAGCGCUAUGUUCGGACACAGGAGAGACACGGUGGGUUUGCACCCCCGGAGGCCCGUCUGCCUCCAUGCAUGGUGGCCUCAUUUGCUGUUCCGAUCGGUCUCUUCUGGUUCGCAUGGACCGACGCUCCUUCGAUCCACUGGAUGGCCUGUGUCGCCGCCGGUGCUCCCUUUGGUUUUGGGUUGGUCCUGGUGUUCCUGAGCAAUCUGUCUUACCUGAUCGACACCUACACCAUCUUUGCUGCGUCCGUUCUGGCGGCCAACUCGGUGAUGCGGUCCAUCUUCGGUGCCGUGUUCCCUCUGUUCACCAACUACAUGUAUGAGGACCUGGGUAUUCACUGGGCCACCUGCAUCCCGGCAUUCCUGGCCCUCGCCUGUGUCCCGUUCCCGUUCCUGUUCUACAAGUACGGCGCUGCGAUCCGCACCCGUUGCAAGUACGCCGCCGAGUCCGACGCCUUCAUGCGCAACAUGCUGGCGCAGUUCAUGAAGCAACCCGCGCCCCAGGAGGAAGCUCCGGCGGAGGAGAAGUUCGACCGGACCGAGGCCCCGGCCGUUGAGGCUGACGCUAGCGACUCCGACUCGAGCACUGAACAGCUGCCCCCGGUGCACCGGAUCAACACCAAGGCGUCCACUCGCACGGCCAACCAGUCGCUGUACGAGGGAAGCCCUUAUGACAUCGACCGGGUGAACACUCGCGAAUCGUUCAAGCAAUAAAUCCCCUCCCGGGACCCGACCUCGCCCGUGAUACCUCUACUACCGAC